CCCCGGCCCCGGCCCCGGCCCCGGCCCCGCACCGCCGUCCCUCCGCCUUCCCCCGGGGCGGGCAGCGGGCUGGAGGCGGCCGGGCUGGCCAGCGCUGCCCCGGCCAUGCCGGUGCCGGUUCCCCGGCGGAGCUGCCGGUGCCCCGGGGUGCGGAGGAGGCUGCCGGUCCUGCGCUGGCUCCCGCGCUAUUCCCUGGCCUGGCUGCAGCUCGACCUGAUCGCCGGCCUCACCGUGGGGCUCACCGUGGUGCCGCAGGCGCUGGCGUACGCCGAGGUGGCCGGGCUGCCUCUGCAGUACGGCCUCUAUUCCUCCUUCAUGGGCUGCUUUGUCUACUGCUUCCUGGGCACCGCCAAGGACGUGACGCUGGGUCCCACAGCCAUCAUGUCGCUGCUUGUCUCUUCUUACGCGUUCCACGAGCCUGUUUAUGCCGUCCUGCUCGCCUUCCUCUCUGGCUGCAUCCAGCUGGCCAUGGGGCUCCUGCACCUUGGUUUCCUCCUGGACUUCAUUUCCUGCCCAGUCAUUAAAGGGUUUACAUCGGCUGCUUCCGUCACCAUUAGCUUCAGCCAGGUCAAGAACAUCCUGGGGCUGCAGGGGAUCCCGCGGCAGUUUUUCCUGCAGGCGUAUGAGAUGCUGCGGAGGAUCGGGGAGACCAGGGCUGCGGACGCCGUCCUGGGGCUGGGCUGCCUGGCCGCGCUGGCAGGGCUCCGGGCGAUGAAGAGCCGCCUGCCCCGAGCUGCCCCUGCGGAGCCGCUGGCUGCCAGGGUCAGCUACCUGAUCGUCUGGACCUCCGCCACGGCACGCAACGCCCUCGUCGUCCUGUUUGCUGGCCUGGUUGCUUACUCCUUCCAGGUGACGGGCUCCCAGCCGCUCACGCUCACCGGCAGCAUCCCCCAUGGCCUCCCCGCCUUCCGCCCGCCGCGCUUCUCCAUGGCUGCACCCAACGGCACCGUCCCCUUCCAGAGCAUGGUGGAGGACAUGGGGGCCGGGCUGGCCGUGGUCCCGCUCAUGGGCCUGCUGGAGACCAUUGCGAUUGCCAAGGCUUUUGCCUCGCAGAACGAUUACAGGAUUGACCCCAACCAGGAGCUGCUGGCUAUGGGCUUCGCCAACAUCCUGGGCUCCUUCGUCUCAUCGUACCCCAUCACAGGCAGCUUUGGCCGGACAGCGGUGAACGCGCAGUCGGGUGUCUGCACCCCCGCGGGAGGGCUCGUCACAGGCACCCUGGUCCUGCUCUCGCUGGCGUACCUCACCUCGCUCUUCUACUACAUCCCCAAAGCGGCGCUGGCUGCCGUCAUCAUCUCGGCUGUGGUCCCCAUGUUUGACGCUGGGAUCUUCAGGACGCUCUGGAGGGUUAAGAGUGAGGGCAGGAGCCGGGGGCGGUCGAUCCCCCGGUACAGCCCCCAGAGCAGGCGCUGUCCCCGAGGGCCCUGUGGCACGAGGACAAGGCGCAGCUGGGCCUGGGUUGUCUCUUCUUGCAGGGCUGGACCUUGUGCCUCUCUGCGCGACGUUCCUGCUCUGCUUCUGGGAGGUCCAGUACGGUAUCGUGGCCGGGGUGCUGGUCUCAGGGAUUCUCCUGCUCUACCCCAUUGCCAGGCCCCCAAUAAAGGUGUUGGAGGGGGACGUGCUCCUCGUGCAGCCGGGGAGCAGCCUGCACUUCCCAGCCGUCGAGCACCUCCGGGACGCGGUGUGCAGCCACGCUCUGGCAGCAGCCUCUCCACCACGCUCCGUCGUCCUGGACUGUCGCCACAUCAGCAGCAUCGAUUACACGGUGGUGGUGGGGCUGGCAGAGCUGCUGCAGGAGCUGCGCAAGCACGGCCUCUCGCCGGCCUUCUGCAGGCUGCAGGACCCUGUUCUCCAAGUCCUGCUGUCCGCAGGAUUAGAAGGAUUCCAGCAUUUCCCCAGCCGGGAGGAGGCAGAGCGGUGCGGAGGAGCGGAGCUGGGGGGCAGCGGGGCAGCCCCCCCCACCAGCACCAGCGAGAGCUCACUGCUGCCCACGGGACUCAUCCAGUAAGUCGAGGAGCUGCCUGGGACCUCAGGGGCAGCGUCGCCGCCUCCUCGCCUCCGACUGCGCCGGGGCUCUGCGUCCUAUGCCGCACAAAGCUGCGGCUGUGACCCCCCCUCCCCGGUGACAUCCGACCAACACCCUCCACCGGAGCCGCCUGCCGCUGCCCUCCUGGGCAGCGGGGUGGGGUGUCUGUCGGGGGACCCUCCCCACGUCCCACGCCGGGGAGGGCAGAGCAGCACCAGCCCAACCCUACGCGGGCGGUGUGAGGGGCGGCAGAGCUGGUGGGGACACUGGGACCAGUGGUCUGGCUGCUCCCACACCAGCUCCCCAGCCCCACCGGAGCUCUGGCACCUCGCCGGCUCUGCAGGCCAAGGGCAGGCAGUGCGUGGAAGGGAUUAGCGGGGCAAAAUGGUUCCCUAUCACAGUCACUGGGAAAAAGCCAUCCCUCCUCCAGGCCCUCCCCAUCCCCGAAGCUGCUGUCUUUUUUUAAUCACGUGUUUUAAUUCUGGAGAUUUUUCUUAUUCUGGAGCGUACUGAACUGUGACGCAGAGUGUACUCUUGUCAAAGCGAGUUUCAAGGAUGCUGGUGCUGCACUCUGAGCCCAAGGGCAGCUGCAGGUCUCAACCUCAGCCUGCUGGGAAAUUAAAAACAUCGGUGAUUUUUCUCCGUACUGAUCCCUCUUGGUUUGUGUGGUGUUUUGCCAAACGCUGCCAUCGGGCAGGACUGGACUGUCGCCCUGGGGGUGCAGCCCCUCGCCUGAGUCCUGCCAGGCACCCAAGGGGACAAGCACAGUGACACCAGCUUGGGCUUGCCUUGCUGUAAAAUGAGUGCAAAAAACAGUACUGCUGGCGGGCAGCAGGGCUGGCAGGGGCAGGGUUCAGGAGAAAGCAGUUUUCCUGAACUGCCCUUUGCUGACACCCACCCAUAAGGACGGUACAAUAAAGCAGUAAUUCCAAAUGA